ACCUGUAAUAAUUGGCCUGAGGGCCAGUCUUCUGGAUGCCUACCAGCUACCUGAGAUCCAUGCGCACCCCACUGGAGGAACUUGUGUCUACAGAUCAAGAUCCUCAAGCUGGGUCCAAUAGCAGAGUUCCUGAUGAAAGCUCUGGACCCUCCCACAGAGGAGGCUGUCACUCUGGCCAUCACACACCUGAUGGACCUCAAUGCUCUGGACCGCUCAGAGGCUCUGACCCCGUUAGGGUUGCACCUGGCCAGGCUUUCUGUAGAGCCUCACACCAGGAAGCUGUCUGGAGCUCUCCUGGGCUGUCUGGACCCUGUCCUCACUAUCGCCGCGUCUCUCAGCUUCAAGGACCCCUUCUUCAUACCAAUGGGUAAGGAGAAGAUUGCAGACUUUAGGAGAAGAACUCUGUCCAGAGACUCAAAGAGUGACCACCUCACAAUCAUCUAUGCCUUCACAGGCUGGGAGGAAGCUAAGCGACGCGGCUACAAGUUUGAACGAGAGUUCUGCUGGGACAACUUCCUGUCAGCCAAUACACUCCAGAUGCUGCACAACAUGAAGGGUCAGUUUGCUGAGCACCUGCUGGGCGCUGGCUUCAUCAGCACCAAGAACCACAAAGACCCUGACUCUAACAUCAACUCAGAGAAUGAGAAGCUGAUCAAGGCAGUGAUAGUGGCAGGUCUCUACCCCAAAGUGGCCAUGAUCAAACCCAGCGGCAGCAAGAAGAGACCCCCCAGCAGGUUACAGCCCCAGCAGGUUACUCCAGACUCUGCAUGCUAUGACCAGGUAGUCMAUCUCCACGACUUGAGAGCUCUUGUCUCAAAGAACUUGAUCCAGGCCCGACUCAAGCAGAAGGGAAAUUAUGAUAAAAAGAGACGAGACAUGCAGUUCCAGGCCUGUUACCCCUUGGCUGAGGAAAUGGAGGAGAUUGAACGCCACAAGGUCCUGGAUAUCUUUGAAGAGGAAAGUGAUGAGAAGACUUUUCUCUGA